AUGCAAGCGGGGGGGCCGGAUAGCACUGCGGUCUCUGAAGCCCCCAGCAGUGGCAGCGAAGAUUCGGACUGCGACCAGGUGCCCGAGUGUGAUGCCGACGCAGCCCUAACUGAGGAAUGGGCGAGAGAAUUGCUGCUAGCAUCGGGCGUGGCCAACCCUCACGAGAUCCGGGUUGAAUCCCAGGCCGGAGUCGCCGGGGCUCUAAGUCGGGUCCUAGCAGUGACUGUCCGAUACGACAGCGACGGUGAAAGUCAGUGUCUACCGCUUGUUGUGAAGCUGCCACCAAGAGAUCCGUUCGGCAGACUUUUCGUGGCAGAAGCUCAGUUCGACACACGGGAGAUUCUGUUUUAUACUGAACUGGCACCAGCACUUAAUAAAUUGGCAGAAGACGCCCUUGGGCCAGGACAAGGCCUGCCUGUACCUAAAUGUAUAAAAGCUAGAUUGCCAGAUGAAAUCGGCGGAGACAGCGAACUGGUUUUGGAAGAUGUGACAGCUAUUGGCUUCGAAUCAGCGGAUUUCGCCGAGGGUUUGACGGUUGAACGAGCUCGCUCGGCUCUUAACGCCGCCGCACGACUCCACGCAUUAUCACUUGCCCUACGAGACAGGGAAGGACCACUGGAUCAAAGAUUCGACUUCCUCUUCCCGUGUGAGAGAGCUGCUGCCGGCUACUUAAGACUAGUAAGACGAGGUCUGCCCCAACUUGAAGCGUUCCUAAGAGGACGGACCGAUUGUAUCGAAGAAGCAGCUGCGGUGUCAGCUCUGAGCGCGCGAGCACCAUCUCUAUUGGAAACAUUACUGCGACCAGCUGAACCAGCGCCGUUAGCCCACGCUGAUUUUUGGAGUGGCAACCUGUUAUUUAGAGAGAUUAAUGGUGAAAGCGAAUGUAUUGCUCUGGACUGGCAAAUGGUAUCUCUCGGGAGGCCUAUGGAUGACGUCGCACUUCUACUUCUAUCGUCCCUGACGCCAGAAAUGAGGAGAGCCUAUGGAGAUACUUUGAUAGAGGAUUAUGGCAACAGAUUAGAAGCGGAGUGUGCUAGAUUGGGAGUCACUUCAGCUGGUGCUGUUGUUAGAAAAGGAUUAAAACCCGACUGGCCCAGGGCGGCACUGCGUGCUCUGCUAUUAUGUGCUGGCAGCGUUGAUGUAGCUUUGGGGGAACCUCGAGCUGAAAGACGGUUACUCGAAGCUGUUCGCGAUCUACACGCACAAGGAAUCCUUGCUCUAAAAGCCGACACGGACGCGUGA